AUGGAGAUUGAUCCGAAAUUCACAUUCGUGUCGCUGAACGAGAAAAUUUACGUCGGGAUUAAUGACAAAAAUACGCAAGAGUAUCUGUGUAAAUGGGGCUUAAAAGGAAACUUCGUCAUCCAACAUUUUUCAUUCAACGAACAGUUUCAACAAUAUCACAAAUAUCAAUUGGCCGAUGCGUUUUUUAAAGAUGAUACCGUUGCAAAAACAUUAUUAUCCAAACAGGAUUCUGCCUGGGUCAGACAAGGUAUACGAGCGUCGAGUGUGCAGAUAAAGCAAGUACCACGCUCAGUCUUAAGUAUGUCAUUUUUUAACAAACUGAAAGAUCCAGAUAAUGGGAUUAUGCAUAAUUCCGGAAUGAUCCAUAAAAGAUAUGAUCUUCAAGUAGAGGACUUUUUGGUAUCUGACAAUUUGCGUGGUGUAAGACAUUUUCAUUGGAGAUAAACUGU